UUUUGUCAGGAUUCUCUUGCAUGACAACAAGAGACCAGAAACAAAGAAUUAAAAUGGAAGUCCCACUUAUAAUAAAAUAUACAAAACCCAGAGAAUCCUUACUCUCAACUACCUACCAUACCAUUCCAUCUAUAAGGACUAAGCUUCCCAUUGAUUUUGCUUUCUCAUAUUGAAGUCAUCAGCUAGUUAUGGCUAGAACAUCUCAAGACUCUUCCUCCAAGUGGCACUUCCACUGGACCAAAAAGGUUGAAAACGAAGAUGAUGAAGUUCCAAUCUUUAAGUCCUCAAACACCAUUGAAGAAGAAAAAAAGGAAAAUGUUAAGAGCCAUGUUGGAAUGUCAACCCCAAAGAAAAAACUACCAGCAGUAGCAGUUGCUAGGCUCCGAUCGGUUCUUGCAGCCCUUGGUAAGAACCGAUCAAGCCUCCCACUGGGGCUUGGAUCCCGAGUUGUAGGUACCCUUUUUGGAUAUCGCCGUGGUCAUGUCCAUUUUGCAUUUCAAAAGGAUCCCAAUUCACCUCCGGCUUUCCUUAUUGAACUUGCUACACCAAUAAGUGGAUUGGUUAGAGAGAUGGCAUCUGGGUUAGUCAGAAUUGCCUUGGAAUGUGACAAAGAGAAAGAAGAGGAAAAGAAAGCUGUGAGAUUGCAGGAAGAACCAAUGUGGAGGACUUAUUGCAAUGGUAAGAAAUGUGGUUUUGCUACUAGGAAGGAAUGUGGGCCUAAAGAAUGGAAGUUAAUGAAAGCUGUAGAGCCAAUUUCAAUGGGUGCAGGGGUUUUGCCAGGGUGUGCAACUGAGGCUGGAGCUGAUGGUGAACUCAUGUAUAUGAGAGCUAAAUUUGAGAGAAUUGUGGGCUCUAGAGAUUCUGAGGCUUUCUACAUGAUGAAUCCUGAUAGCAAUGGAGCUCCUGAGCUCAGUAUCUAUCUACUUAGAGUCUAAAGUCCAGUCAUUUAUAUUUCCUUUUUUUGUUUUUUCCUUAAGGUAAGCUAGUGAUACUUGUUUAGUUCUUGGGCAUGAAAA